UUACUCUAGUCCUUAUUAGGUACAUGAAGCGCCCAGAAGACAGAAAACCUCUUUUUAUUGAUAUAUUUUAAAUGAAUGCUUUCCGUCGUCCUUUCUAAAAAAUAAAGUGAGACAAAUUUCAAGCUGAGGAGUCAGCCGCCCAUUUCUCACUCGGAAGAAGUGUUGAGAGCGGAUCGUGGAUGAGUUUCAGUAACUGCACGGACCGCGAGCUGCGGAUCCACGAGCGUAUCGCAGACUCCAACGGAACUCCCGCGGAGAAGCUUCUGCGUCUGAAACGCUCGCUCACAUUUAUGCGGAGUAAAAGCGUGGAGAAUUUCUUCCAGCGUUCUCAGAGCGAUGCUUAUCUACCAACAGCCCUGUUUCCAUCCCCUCUUCUGUCUACUGGGCCUGCAAAUGGUAGCAACAGUGCUGCUUUGCCCUCCAACAGCAUCAGCUUCAGUGCUCCCUCAAGGCCUGUCCCAUUUGAUGUGCAGCCACAGCCAGUACAAACACACUGCUUUCUGGAGCAUGUGUUCCGUCGACCAACCAGCUGCAAUCUUUGCAAACACAUUAUUGCAGGCAACUCUAAACAGGGAGUGCGCUGUAAAACAUGUAAGAUGGGAGUUCAUCUUUGGUGUGUCUCUGAAGUCUCAGAGAAACCAUGCCAAGGAAAGUCUGGCAUGUUCAAGAGGAAUUUAAGCUCACCUGUAUUGACCAGUGAUCGAUUAUGUGCUAUGAAGACACAGGAGUCAAAAGCUCAUCUGGAUCCUGUGUACUCUACACUGCGCUUUGGAACUUCUCUGGCCAACACCAGCCGAUCUAGCUUUGGCAGUUUUUGUGAAUCUCCGACCCAAAGCCUGGAUGAAGAGGAGGUUCAGGAGAGGAAUGAAUGCGUGUCCACUGAUGGGAAAAAGGUGACCGAAAACCCGGGAAAGGUUACAGAUGUCUCUCUUCCUGAGAAUGUUAACUCUGAACUAGAUGAGAUAUCUAAGGCUCCUAAAGUUCACUCCAUUCACACUUAUGUGGCACUUUACAAGUUCCUCCCUCAAGAGCAAAAUGAUUUAGAAUUACAUCCUGGUGAUAGAGUUAUGGUGAUUGAUGACUCUAAUGAAGAAUGGUGGAAGGGAAAAUGCGGUAAUAGAAUUGGACUAUUCCCUGCUAAUUUUGUGCAGCGAGUGCGCCCAGGUGAGCGUGUCUGGAAGGUGACGCAAAGCAUCCUUGGCAACAAAGAUCUGGGUCACUUGACUGUUAAAGAGGCUCAGAUUUGUGUUGGUAAGAAUGAAGACACGGAUGGCUUUCUGAAGCUAAGCAGUGGUAAGAAAAGAGGUCUGGUGCCGACUGAUUCACUGGAGGAGAUAUAACCCAGUCAACAACAGCUGUUGCUUUUAGCAUCACAACAUUGAUCAUGAUACUGUAAUAUUGUAUAACAUAACCCUUUUGUAUUGUGCCAGAUGUAUACAUGAAUGUUAUGUAAGCUGCACUGAAGAGUCGUGGUUAGCUGAUUGGAUACUUACAAUUUAUGUUUCUAUAGCAUACUGGAUGUCACAGACCUUCAUCUUAAUUUUUUUCCUGGUACCAUGUUUAAUUCCUAGAGCAUAAUGGCAUAGAAAUGUAAAGGAGAAGGUUUAAGGUUUGAUCCUUCCCAGAAAAGGUCUUUACCUCAUGUAGCAAUACUACAAGAUGCCUGCAGAUAAGAUGUUAAGAUUUAUAAGAUUUGUAAUGAGCACAUACACCUUUCAAAGAAAGGCAAAAAGGUUGCAUUUCCUUCCAUAAAAGAAAUGUAUAACACAGCCUGAAUAUGUCAGGGGUGACCACUUCUCAUACACACUUAUGCUGAUGUGCUUAAUUCUUCUCUACAUGCAUGCAUGUGUGUGUACUUGUUUAAUCUACAUUGUGAGGAACAAAUGUCCCCAAAAUAGCCCUAUUCGGACGGGAUUAGUUUUACAUGGGGAGGUGGGAUAAAGUAAUUAUUACCAGAGCUUCUCAGUGAUUUUAGUCUCGUCCGAAUGUGCCAUCUCAGUAAUCAUUACGGACAAUGACAGUAAAGAUUCAGCCGACUUUUACCUUCUGUAAAAAGGUCCGGUCACGUAAUACUAAUUCCGUUCUAAUAGACCCGCUGUAAAUAUGUACAGCAAAAUUCCAUAAUUUCCUGUUUAAAAGCAGUUUUCCAUGCAUUUUUCAAGCAUGGAAGCAUUUGAAGAAACAUUCAGUUGUGUUGUAGGUGGUGGGACAAGUCUGUGGCAAACCUCAAGUAUUUUCCACAUACCAUUCAGAGCAAAAAGAAGAUCGAAACCACUUGUCAGAGGCAGAAGUUCCUAUUGCCAUAAGAAUCCAAUCAGAAUGUAAUUAAUAAAUCGUUUGACCGGACCUAACUGUUAUAUAUAGUUUAUAUAUUUAGAUUAUAUGUGUCCGUGCACAUGGUAUCAAGAAGCAACGUAUACCCACAUGACGACAGGGAGGUGAUGGCGGUGCGUAAAUCGAGUUACCCCUCCCACUUCUGCUAGUUUUACUGAGAUGUCUUAUCCCAUGCGAAUUGGCCAUUAAUAUUACAGACGUCCUGAUAUUACUCCACCACCCCAUAUAAAACUAAUCCCGUCCGAAUAGGGCUAAGGACAGUAAAACCUGAGAUCACCUUUCAUAUGAGGUGUCAGACAAGUGCCUUCACUAGAAGACCGGAAAGCACCAGCUUUAAAACAAUUAAUUGCCAACAAGAAAGCAAGGAAAUUACAGCACAUUUACUGCCUUAAACAAUCUGGAGAAAUAAAGAGAUGCAAUUAAAAGUUCCUUUGUGUUUUUAAAAUAAUAUACUUGCAUAAGGUGAGAUGAUGGAUUUUGCCCUCAUUUAAAAGGGUAUGUGUUCAAGCAGUUACAAAUGAAAAAAAAAACAAAAAAAACAAAACAAAACAAUCAUCUGUCCCAUGUAAUACACUGUAUACCUAUUAAAACAUUGUAAAAUGUUCAGCAAUUUAGUACAUGGACUGAAAUAGUUGCUUGCUGUUUUAUAAGAUGUGGUUAUAGAACAUGGCUUGCUUAGCAAAAAAAAAAUAUUAAUGGAACUUUUUUUUCUCCCAAGUCAUGUGACUUUCUAGUCAUAAACAGGUUAUCUUCAUUUUAAAGGUGGCUUUCAUUUCGUCUAAAUCAAUGAUAAAGAUGAAAGAGAUUUAUAUAGACUACAACCUAUUUUACACUAUAACUGCUGCACAUGUCUAUUUUUGCCUGCCCUCAUUCUGAUAGACGUUGUGUAUUUUGUAAUUAGGACACUAAAGUAGGGCAGAUUUUGAAAAUGUGAUUUUGAAGAUGAUGAAAUGUGCUUAAUGCUAUAGUGCAGUUAGAUAUGUGUUCAUGUGUUCAUUAUUUCUGUCAUCUUGCUAGCAUCAAUCUUAAACAAAACUAUAACCUCAUUCUUUUGUCUCUAUCCAUAGAGAUACAUUUGCGUAGAUGGACGAACAUAAUCACCUAAUUUUGUGAAUGACCAGUUACAUUUGCAUAAAGCACCCAGUUUGCACUUGUCAAAAUUGCUUACAUUUACAAAAUGAGCCUAGCAUAACAGAAAUAGUACCACUUUACAAUAAGGCAUCAUUAGUUAACUAAAUAGGUAACAUGAACUAAGAAUAAACAAUGUAAUAUUAAUUUCAACAUUUAUUUAACCAUUAGUAAAUUCAGAAGUUGUAUUUCUUAACAUUAAUGCACUGUGAACUAACACAAACUAACAAUGAACAAUUUCCAUUAACUAUCAUUAGCUAAGAUUAAUACUGUAACAAAAGUAUUGCUGUUAAUGUUACUUAACAAAUGAGACUUCACUGUAAAGCGUUACCAAAAUGUUAUUAAUGAAAAUGUUUAAUGAAAUGACCACAUAAAUAUUUGAGAUUGCUCAUUUGAGUUUUAUACAUAUAUUCUCAUAUCCAUGUAUUUUGUUCUAAUGUCACAAGUAAUAAUCCUCCAAUAAUAAAAAAAAUAAUAAUAAUCAAAUAAUGUCCUCCAAACUGACCCACAACCUAAUCAGUUUAUAUGUAAACAAAUGUUAGCUCAUUGUUCUAUAAGCAUUUUGGUACUUUUUAUAUAACAAGAAUAAAUACAACAACUGUGUUUUAAGUUUUAUUGCUUUUACAAAUGUUGUAACUCAUACAUCAAUAAAAUAAAAGACAAUAUUUUAAAGUACAAAACAUAGACACACAAGACAACAACACUAUUCAAUUACUGUAAUUUACUAGUUUGCAGCACUAAUGUAGACAGCCCAUUCUGAUGACAGAAUCCUGUACAAGGUACAAGGUACAAGAUCUUGUUGUGACUUUAGGUCAUUUCUCACUGGGACUGCAGCCUGGGAUGCACUGGACAUUUUUCCUGGUGCAACCAAGAUACAAGCCUUCUCCAUUCACCUGGCAUGUGUUCCCCUGAUUCUGUGAUACCAUCUGCAAAAUUUGGAGGAAUGUACUUUGAUGCAGGUGAUGUUGCAGCAUAUGUGAUCAUCAUCUGCAUCCACACAAAUCUUCACAACAUCUACUGCUUUUUCAGGUUGGGACUCCAGUGGUCACCCAGCAUGCCAAAAGUGUUCCCAAUGUCCCCGAGUAUCGAUAAUUGUACAUUUUACAGGCAUCAUCCAAGUCAAGUCAAGUCAUCUUCAUUUACAGUGCCACUUGAAAGUUUGUGAACCCCUUGCAGAAUCUGUGAAAAUGUGAAAAAUGUUAACAAAAUAAAAGAGAUAAUACAAAAUGCAUGUUAUUUUUUAUUUAGUACUGUCCUGAUUAAGAUAUUUUACAUAAAAGAUGUUUACAUAUAAUUCACAAGACAAAAAAUAGCUGAAUUUAUUAAAAAGACCCCGUUCAAAAGUUUGUGAACCAUUGAUUCUUAAUACUGUGUGUGGUUACCUGGAUGAUCUACGACUGUUUUUUUUGUUUGUUUGUUUUUUUUUUGUUUUGUGAUGGUUGCUCAUGAGUCCCUUGUUUGCUCUGAGCAGUUAAACUGAGCACUGUUCUUCAGAAAAAUCCUCCAGGCCCUGCAGAUUCUUCAGAUUUCCAGCAUCUUUUGCAUAUUUGAACCCUUUCCAGCAGUGACUGUAUGAUUUUGAGAUCCAUUUUUUCACACUGAGGACAAUAAAGGGACUCAAACACAACUAUUAAAAAAGUUUCAAACAUUCACUGAUGCUCCAGAAGGAAGCAUGAUGCAUUAAGAGUCAGGGGUGAAAACUUUUGAACAGGAUGAAGAUGUC